AUGCCUAUUCUCGACAUCACCAAGGAUAUCGCCGCGCUCUUUGAGCAGCAGGCUAAGGCUACCCCAGACGCUGUGGCCCUUGAAGAUGAAUCACGAACCUUUACCUAUGCGGAAUUGGACCAAGAGACGCAGACUCUUGCCGAUCAAUUGCGUCGAGAUUAUGGAGUCGGCAGAGAUAGCCUCGUUGGUGUGCUCAUGAGCCGAAGCGCCGACUACGUGAUCGCUUCAUUGGCAGCUCUUCGCGCGGGCGGUGCUUUCCUGGUACUUGAGCUCGCAUACCCCUCUGGGCUCCUGCGCGAUGUCAUCCAGGACGCGAAGCCCUCAGUGGUUAUCACUCAAAGCGCACACGUCAACCACAUCAAGGCGGAAGUGCCUAUCAUUGUCAUUGAUGAGCCCAGUAAAACGACAGUCAAUGGACACGCCAAUGGCGAACUUUCGCCAUUGCCUGCCAGCGAUGAUCUCGAACGCCUUAUGUUCGUCUCAUACUCUUCUGGCACCACUGGCCAACCGAAGGGCAUCUGCAAUCCCCACAGGGCAGCAGUGCUCUCAUAUGACCUCAGAUUUGGUCUCAGCGAUUUGCAACCGGGAGAUCGUGUAGCUUGCAAUGUGUUCUUCGUGUGGGAGAUGCUUCGCCCCUUAUUGCGGGGAGCGACUGUCUUUGCUGUUCCGGACAGUGCAAGUUACGACCCAUCAGCUCUUGUCAACUUGCUCGAGUCUCGGCAAAUCACAGACACGCUCAUGACACCUACCCUUCUGGCAACCGUCUUGUCUCGUCACCCUGACUUGAGCAAGCGCCUGCCCAAGCUGCGGUCUCUCUGGUUGAACGGCGAGGUGGUCACAACUGACCUCUGCCGCAGGGGAAUGAAGGCCCUGCCCGAAACCAGGUUUCUCAAUGUCUACAGCGCUUGCGAGACCCACGAGGUCGCAGCCGGUGAUAUCAGCACAUUCAUUGACUUUGAAGCCCGUGUCUGCCCGGUUGGCCCACCGAUGAACCCAGAAAACAUCUACAUCAUGGACGAAGACGGUAACAGGGUUGGCAACAAUAUCAGCGGAGAGCUCUAUGUGGGCGGCGACCUCCUGGCGCGGGGUUACCUCAACCUGCCAGAGACAACAGCCAAGGCAUUCCACCCGGAUCCCUUUGUCAACAAAGAAGGUGCACGCAUGUACCGUACUGGAGAUCUCGCUAGAGUCCUUCCCUCCGGUCUUCUGGAGAUCACUGGUCGCGCAGGCGGUAUGAUCAAGACCCGUGGCUACACCGUUCAGCCAGGUGCUGUCGAAAACGCCAUUGUGAAGCACUUGGCUGUGAGUGACUGCGCUGUCUCCUCUCACGGAGAAGGCCUUGAAAGACAACUUGUUGCCUAUAUCGUUCGCGACAACGAUGACAAGCGGGGCCGAGGAGAUGUGGUUAUUGACGAGUCUGGAUACAGCCCUGCAGCUAGACGUGUCCUUGGAGAGCAUCUUGCUCUGUACAUGCUUCCAACUUACUGGGUGGAGCUUGAACAACUCCCUACUCACGGCGUCUCCGGCAAGACUGAUCUGAAGGCCCUGCCGCCGCCGCCAAGCCCGAAGCUUGCAGUCAAUGGCGAAAAGGAGCAAAACACCAAGGUCAAGAUCGAAACCGUCAAGAAGCUGUGGGCGGCUGCCCUCAACAUGCCUGAUAGUGCCAUCACCGAGGAGCACGACUUCUUCGAUAUUGGUGGCCACUCCCUUGUUCUCGCAGACCUAGCAAACAGAUUCGCUAAGGAGUUUGGGUUCCCGGUUCCGCUGGCACCUCUUGCGGGUACGCCAACACUGCAAGGACACCUGCAAGCGAUUUGCGAUGCUCGUGAUGGUCACACGGCGGCUGUUCAAGCGGACCUCCCAGCCGUCCUUCGUGCUGAUUCCAUUCUGCCUGACGACAUCCAAUCCAACGGCACUCCUAUGCGGCGUCUGAAUGAUGCUAAUACCGUGCUCUUAACCGGUGCAACUGGAUACCUCGGUGCCUUCCUUCUCAAGUAUCUUGUGGAGACCACCUCGGCACACAUUAUCUGCCUCGUCCGCUUCACGGAUCCUACCGACGAGAUGCGUGCUGCUGGAAUGGCUAGAAUCCGAAAGAACCUGAUUGAUCUUGGCAUCUGGGAAGACUCCUUACUCGACAGAAUGGAGGUUCUGCCCGGAAACUUAUCGCGAGAGCACCUCGGUCUUGCCCCAGAGGUUUAUGAUGACGUCGUUUCCCGUGUUGAGGUCAUCAUUCAUGCUGCUGCGACUGUCAACCUGGUUUAUCCCUAUGCUGCACUGAGAAGCCCCAAUGUCGGAGGCACAAGAGAAAUCCUACGCCUGGCGUCAAAGAGCGGUGCCACCCUUCACCACGUUUCCACAAAUGGUGUUUUGACACCAUCUGUUGCAGGCCACUCUGAAGACGCCAUGGUUGACAUUGACGAUGUUCCCGACAAGCUGAUCGACGGAUAUGGACAGACCAAGUGGGUGGCUGAGAAGCUGGUCUAUGAGGCCGCUCGUCGAGGUAUGCCGUGUAAGGUUUACCGCCCUGGUACGAUCAGUGGUCAUAGCAAGACAGGCUCAUGUAACGCAUGGGAUCUUCUGAACGCCCUGAUCGUCGAGUCGUUACACCUCAAGACGGCGCCGUAUGUUGACCAAUGGUUCGCCGAAAUGACGCCUGUCGAUUUCGUCAGCGCAGCUAUCACGACUCUCGCCAACCACACCGACUCUGAGCAGUUGGUCUACCACCUUGGUGACCCCAACCCAGUGUCUGCGAACUACAUCUUCGACAGCCUGAAUGAGCUCGGUUUCCCGACCGAGCGCGUGCCCUGGGACGAUUGGGUGGAGUUGUGGACCAAGAAGCGAGGUUUCGGCACUGCAGGCGACGUCCCUUUCACCGUUGACAUCCUUCGUGGUGGUAUGCCUACCGCAGAGACUCUCAAGGCUGUGACCGUCCUCAAGGACGAGGCUACGGCUCCCGCUUUGCUCAAGUACAACCUGCCUCGCCCCAAGAUCGAUACUGAUCUACUCGAGACCUACACUCGACACUUCUGCGCGAGAGGCUGGCUCUCUCGACCUCCGCGCCGAGCAAACGCUAACGGAGCUACAUCUCGCGUCAACAAGGGUCGUCUGGCUGGCAAGGUCGCCGUCAUCACUGGUGCCUCUUCCGGCAUCGGUGCAGCUGUUGCAGCUGGGCUGGCUAAGGAGGGCGCCCAUGUCGCUCUUGCGGCAAGACGAACGGAAGCCCUGGAAGGUGUCAAGGCCAAGCUUGCUGGCACUGGCGGCAAGGUCCUCAUUCACAAGACGGAUGUGACGAAGAAGGAAGACGUUGAGUCGCUCAUGCAGGCGGCAGCUGACAAGCUUGGACCGGUCGACAUUCUGGUCAGCUGCGCCGGUGUCAUGUACUUCACCAUGAUGGCGAACAACCAGACUGACGAGUGGGAGCGCACUGUCGAUGUCAAUUGCAAGGGUCUCUUGCACUGCUUGUCGUCUACGGUCCCUGGCAUGCUGGGCCGAGGAAAGGGUCACAUUGUAGCCAUCUCGUCCGACGCUGGCCGCAAGGUCUUCCCCGGCCUGGGUGUUUACUCUGCUAGCAAGUUCUUUGUGGAAGCAACUCUGCAGAGCCUGCGUCUCGAGACGGCCGGUACGGGUCUCCGCGUCACAUCUAUUCAACCUGGCAACACGGCCACAGAGCUGCUGGGUAUCUCUACAGACGCUGAGGCUAUCAAGAAGUACGGCGAGCCUACUGGUGCCAAGGUCCUGGACGCCGAGGAUGUAGCUUCUUCGAUUGUGUACGCUCUGUGUCAGCCAGAACAUGUUGCUGUCAACGAGGUGCUCAUUGAGCCUAGAGAUGAGCCUAUUUGA